AUGCGCAGAGAAGACACAAGUGCUUCACCAUCGGCCGCAGAGGCUCGCAUCAAGCAAGAAAUUCCCGACGCUUCCAGAUCACAAGCUUAUGCCCUUUCGGCCUUCACCAGUGCCAACCCUGUAGCCGCACCGAGGCAAUAUCGUCCAGGCCAAGCGCAGGUGAACCAUCUCAUCCAGCUUCAUGCGGGACAUCAACGACAGUCAGCUUCUGUCGGCGAUGUGCUCCGCGCAUCUCUCCACUCCCUCGAGACCCGUGUGGGCAUUCUCUCCGCUGGUGCAGUUCGCGCCAACACGCUCAAGAGGUGGACCAAGUGCACUGGCGCCGUUCCCGCAGACACGCUCAGGAGGUGGAUCAAGUGCGUCCUGCACAUCGCCAAGGAUGAGAUCAUCGGCCAGGCAAGCAUCGGUACAGGCCGAAACCCCGAGGCGUUCAACGGCAAGGCUCUUGACGGCUCCGAUGGGCUCAAGGCGGUGCUGAUGGGCAACACCCACCCCACCCUGGUGGGCAAGCUCAAGCUCAACCGCUUCUCUCGUUCAAUCGAGUUCUACGGCCCAGAGGAGAUGGUCAUCGUCGCGAAACAGAUCGACGAGAAGAUCCUCGCCCAGCCCAGCCACGCGUCGACCUGGGUCCAGAGCAAGGCCCAGCACCAGCUUCUCCUCUCAGUUGGAGGACGCACGUGCACGGUGGCCGUGGCCGGCCAAGACGGUGUUGCGGCCGAGCUCGACGAAUUCAGCCACGACGACGAUGACGACGACGAGUUCAGCGCCGGUGCCUACAUCCGAGAAAAGGAUGGCCAAACUCAGCCUGGCCAGUCAGGCAUGUCGACGGAGCUACACGUUCCGGCAGCUCAACGCGCUGAAGACCUCCAGUUGGAGGCAGCAUCGUCUCUCUUGCCGCUGCUGAUCAAGCGCGGCACCCUCCACACGACAACGGCCGACGGCCAAGUCGUGUUCUUCAGCGACCUCGACCACUUCCUUCAGUCCAAGGCGCGUUCAUUCCGUGGUGGCGGCGACGAGCCUCUCUUCCGGGAGUUCUCCGGCGAUAGCUCGUUCACGGAGUUGGUAGCCACCCAGAGCAACCUGAAGGCGCGACUCGACUCCCUCGCUUUGGAAGCGGGGCUCCCAGCUCCCCGGCCGUACAACUGGCGCAAUUACGUCGGUGAUGCCGUGCGCGUGGUCUUCGACGAGGUCGCGCAGAAGGCCGCUCUGCACCACGGCCUCAAGUCCAACACUGCGCUCCGACUACUCCCGGGGGGCCCGAGCGGUUCCAGUGACGCGAGCCGCGCACGUCGAACCGACUGGCAUGACCGCUGCCGAUCGCGAACGCUUGAAGAAGCGCCAGGAGGACCUCCGACGGGAGACAACUCCGGCCAUCUCGGCUCUCGUGCACCAGGCGCGUCAUGGCUCGGCACUUCCCGGCGAGUUCAUGCCGACGAAGGAGGAGGAGUCCGCUCUCGACCGUGA